AUGUCCAAAAACUAUCCCAUGUUUAUACGAAAAUUAUCACCCGGAUGGAUCUUUCAUCGCAAAGUGGAUAAUAGCGAUGCUCAAUUCAGAUCGUUUCGUAAUAAUAUUCCUGCACUUUCAUUGGUUCUUGUAGUUCAUCAGGCCAUGUCGGUUUUUUUGGGUGUGAGAUUCAAUUCUGGUCCCAAUGCAGGCCAUCGUCGAAUGCAUUUUACUCUGUGGUUUUCUGUUGUGUUUUUGACUAUUUUGUUGGGUGUCGAGAUGAUCAAGCUCGUAGCAGUGUGUCUAAUUCAAUACGUGGUUGUAAAGCAAUUCGGAGCAACGUGGAUUUCUCCAGUAUUUUCAUGGUGUAUGGGUCUAAUGAUCUUAUUUGGUGGAGCUGUUGUAGACUUCAAGUUCGAGUAUGUGUUUUCAUGGCUUAGUUGGAUGGAUAAACUAAAAGGAUUAGGCAUGUCUCCAGCAUAUAAUUUCACCAUGCUACGCAUGAUUUCGUUUACCACAGACUAUUAUUGGCAAAGAUUAGAGUCGGUCAAGCAGUUUGAGAAACACAAGAUAGAUUGCAUGACUUGUUUUAAUGGCGAAAGCACAUCUGCAUUUCGGUGUUCAAAGGGCAGAAUUUAUGCUUCACACCACGUAUCCGAGUACUCCUUGAUCAACUAUAUGACAUAUUUAUUGUACGCGCCGUUGUUCCUUGCAGGUCCGAUUAUUUGCUUCAAUGACUUUGUUGCGCAGAUUCACAGUCCUCCAAAAGAAGUUACAUUGAAACGAAUAGGUGUUGCGGCACUUCGAUGGGCGGGAAUAGUGCUGCUUAUGGAACUAUUUAUACAUUACAUGUAUGUUGUGGCUAUUAAAGACACAGAGGCUUGGACAGGGUUUACGUCUGUUGAAAUCUAUGCUUUAGGAUACUGGAAUCUCAAUCAUAUCUGGCUCAAGCUUACGAUUAUUUGGCGGUUCUUUGGUCUAUGGGCGUUGGCAGAUGGUGUAGAAACCGUAGAUAAUAUGGCUCGAUGCAUGAGCAAUCAGUAUUCUGGUAUCCAGUUUUGGCGUGCUUGGCAUAGAUCCUACAACCGAUGGGUUGUCAGGUAUUUAUACAUUCCACUUGGUGGAAAUAAGCGUUAUCUACUUAACCUGAUUGCGACGUUUACGUUUGUAGCCAUAUGGCAUGAUGUCAAACUCAAGCUUUUGGCAUGGGGAUGGCUCAUUGCAUUGUUUAUUCUUCCCGAAAUGAUUUUAACACGGUUACUUUGCAACGCCAAGUGGAGAGCCAUUCUUGGAUCAAUGCAUCUUCAAAUGUGUGCUGUAGGUGGAGUAUGCAACAUCUUGACAAUGAUGCUCGCAAACCUUGUUGGGUUUGCUGUAGGACUAAAAGGCAUGCAAGAGUUCAUGUACCAGAUUAUGCACGGAAAAGCGUUUUGGUGGGAGGCAAGACAGAAGCAGCGUGUAGAGUGA